CAUGACAUUCAAACCCAGAUCCUCCUCAAUUAAAUACUGGCUAUAUUUUUAUAACAAAACAUGAAAAUAAUACUAGUAGCCAUAUGUAUGCCCCUAACAAUUUUGCCCUUAGUUCAGUGUCGGGGGGUCAAUGGGGGCAUGAGCUGUGCAGUGUGUACCGUGCUAACAGGUGUAGCUAUGCAGGUGGCAGAGAUACACGAAGAAAGCUUAGUAAAUGCAACGAUAAGACUAUGUAACUACUUGCCAAAAUUCGCGCAGGACGAAUGUUUAGAGAUAGUCACCAAAAUAGAAACCAUAGCUGACAACCUAUCGCACAGGAUAACCCCAGACGUAUUCUGCCUCCUAUAUGGAACAUGCAAUGUAGACACAGGGCAACCACUGUGUCACCUGUUCCCCCUUCCAUUCCUUGAAGAAGAAGCCGUAUUAGUUAUAGAGAAGUUAAAAAACGAUGCUUCCACUCUUCUUCCUAAGAUAGACGUGUGUGAGUUGCCCGUGAUCGAUGACAUUUGCAGAAUUCUGAACAAUUCUUACACAUCUCUAGACGCCGCUGCCGAUUUUGAUUCGGACGGAUUCAGCACGAUAACUCCUGCACGAGGAGCAGAUUGGAAAGGAAGAGAUUGCAUGGAUAACGAUCCCAAUGCUCAUCCGGGUAGAACACCAUACGACCUUGACAUUAUCUACGACUCUAACUGCAAUGGGAUAUAUGGAAUCGACAAUAAAACAAAAAUAUCGUGGGAAGAACUACUAUGUACUGACUCUGAUCCUAAAGGAAUAAUCUACAUAGGUGACUCUAUCGGGGCACAUUUCCAUAUGCCCCAGGUGUGGAUAAACCCUAUAGAAUUUGAUUGGCCAAGCCUUAACGCUAGCGAUGUCAUAUUAGAUGAACUGGACUGGCCCCAAUUUGGAUUCGUUACGGGAUACAAACACAUACCUCCAAAUAUUUUAAUUAAGGGUCCAACCGAUUCGUUGUACAUGCGAUUAAGAAAAAGAAACCGUUGCAAUCACCGCGACUAUCAAAACUUGUCCCAGAAUGGAGCUUCCAGCUACGAUGGAGUUGUCCACGCAAAUGCGGUAUCCAGGAAUCAGAGUACUGACAAUCCAGCCAUAGUAUUCUACGCCAUGCAAGGGAACGACGUUUGCAACAAUUUAAAGGACACUACUACCUCGAUGACCGAUCCAGUUAAAUUCAGAAGCAAUGUAAUGGAUGCGCUAAAGGUACUAAACGGAAAACUUCCCAAAAAGAGUCACGUUAUAUUAAUAGGCUUAGUAGAUGCCGACUUUAUCUAUGACGCUAUGGCAGAAAGACUACAUCCAAUUGGAGUGUUACACAAAAACGUUCAUUACAAGGACAUGUACAAUUGGUUCAUUUGCAUGCAGAUAGGGCCCUGUAAUGGUUGGUUAAAUCCUGAUGAACUCACCAGACAACUUACGUCCCAGCGAGCUGACGAAUUGACGAAUGUUCUCAAAGAUAUAGCUGAAAAUGAGAAAUUCGACUUUUUUGACUUGCACUUCAUAAAAAAUCCUAUCAACGAGGUUAUGGCUAGGAACAAAAUAAAUGUACCAGAUCUAUUGGAAGCUGUGGAUAGUCUCCAUCCAAAUCAGAAAGCUCAGCCAAUUUUAACUGAGGAGGUGUGGUCAUCAAUAAUAAAGGACCUUCCAUUAAACGUCUUAGGUUCUAUAAACAAGAACAAUAAAUUGAUAAAAUCCUUGUUCGGUGAUCAAGGAGGCCAUUAAAAAUAAUUUAAUAAAUUAAUAAUCUAAAUAUUGAUAUUAGUAUAAUAUUUAUUGCCUGUUAUCGUUUUAAUAACAAAUU